AUAAUUGUCAAUUCAAUUCAUUUUGUUGGUUAGAAAAUCGUUUAUCAGUUGAAAAAUUACAUUUUUAUAUUUGUUGUAGGAUGUUUGUUAAUUUACAAGAUAAAAUCAUUAAUAACUCGAGUCAAAGGUCGCCGAUCGGAAACGUAUCUUCGAUUAAAACAACACAAUGUUAUUGUUUUAGUGCUUAAGAAACUCGAUCAACAAUAACGGUAACAACAAUGAAAUCAUUAAAACUAAUAGCCCACCAAAAAACGUUUAGCGAGGAAGACCUCGUGAUAAACCAAAAAGACUUCCCGGGUGCCAACAAGAACGACAUCGUAGAAAUCUACCACCCGCCUCCCGACGAUGACGCCCAGAAAACCAAAAAGAGCGACACCGAAGAGGAGUUUCCGAGGCUGCUGCUCCAAAUAAAAACCUUCUCCGACGACCUGCUGCAAACCCGAGAAACCGUCAGCAUCGAGCAGAGCAUCGUGGCCGCUUUCGGGCUGCAAGCCUACAAGAACGUGACCAUACGGAUCGUGAAUCCCGCGGACGUGGCGCUCGACUCCAUCGAGCUCACCUUCAAGGACCAGUACAUGGGCCGAUCGGAGAUGUGGAGGCUGAAAAACAGCUUAGUGAACGCUUGCGUGUACAUGAACAAGAAGCUGGAAUUCUGCUCGGGCGCCGUCCGAUGUCAGGUGUACGAGAUGUGGUCGCAGGGCGACCGGGUGGCCUGCGGCGUGAUAACGGAAGAUACCAAAAUAGUAUUCAGAUCGUCCACUUCGAUGGUGUAUCUGUUCCUGCAGAUGUCCUCGGAAAUGUGGGAUUUCGACAUACACGGCGACUUGUACUUCGAAAAAGCCGUGAACGGCUUCCUCGCCGAUCUGUUCAUGAAAUGGAAGAAGAACGGCAGCAAUCACGAGGUGACCAUCGUGUUGUUCUCGAGGACGUUCUACGAAGCGGGCAGCUUGGAGGAGUUCCCGCAGCAUAUGAGGGAGUGCUUGCAGAAGGAUUACAAAGGGAGAUACUACGAGGAUUUUUACAGGGUCGCCGUACAAAACGAGCGCUACGACGAUUGGAAUUCGACGCUGGUGCAGUUGCGCAGGAUAUUUCAGAAUUACUUGAAAAUCGUGUUGGAGUAUCACUCGAGGCCGGGCGUUUCUAUGCCGGCCGCUACUAACAGCACUUCUGCCCAAGGGAAUUUUCUGGAAGUGCUCAACAUGUCUUUGAACGUAUUCGAAAAGCACUAUUUGGAUCGCAGUUUCGAUCGAACCGGACAAUUAAGCGUAGUCGUAACACCGGGAGUCGGAGUAUUCGAAGUCGAUAGAGAAUUAACUAACAUCACCAAGCAAAGGAUAAUCGAUAACGGCGUAGGAAGCGACUUGGUCUGCGUGGGCGAACAGCCCUUACACGCCGUACCCCUUUUGAAAUUCCACAACAAAGACACGAAUCUGAAGAUACCCGACGACUAUUCGAUGCCGCAUUGGAUCAACCUGUCGUUCUAUUCGACCAACAAGAAAAUCUCCUAUUCGAAUUUCGUGCCGAGGAUCAAGUUGCCGCUGGCGCUCAUCCAAAACGACGUCAUCAAAACGAGAUCGCCCAAAUGCAAAUUGCUGCCCGAAGACGAAUACAUUCACAACACCUUCUUCGAUUACGACGCCUACGACGCCAAAGUGUUUCAGUUACCUUCGGCCCAUCACGCCGCCGAAAACAGGAUCCCGUCGCGUUCGAAGAGGAGCUCCGGUAGCUUGUUGGACUCGCAGGAAUUCGCGAAAGGCCAGCGACGGAAGCUGUCCGAUCCGGAUAUAUUCCAAAGGAGCAACGCGAAUCCUCGCUCGGAGCCGAUAGCCAUACCGCCGGGGGCCAGUAGUCCGGUGUCGUCCGGCCACUUGGACGAGAAGGAAUUAUCGCCGCCGGUGCGAAUGGUGGCCGGUUCGGAGGGUUCGCCGCCGUUCGAGAGUCGAGCUCUGAUCAAUCCGUUCGAUCCCUCGCACGUGACUAUAAAAUUGACAUCGAACAGGAGAAGAUGGACGCACAUCUUCCCCAAGGGCCCCACGGGCGUGUUGAUUCAACAGCAUCACUACCAAGCCGUGCCGGCGAAGGCCAAGGACGACGCUUGUCGAGUGGCCUCUUCCUACGGAGCGUUGGCCGCUUUGCAAGAAUAUUGUAAGAAGCGGCCCAAUUCGCACAACGUCAGCCAAAAUAGCUCGAAUAAGUAUUCGACGAAGAGCUUGACUCUGCUGUGGGGCGCUACCGGAGAACAGGAAUGGACGCCCGCUCUAACGACAGUCAAUGAUGUCCUGAUAGGAGUCGAUUGGAAAUCGUUGACAAUUCCCGCCUGCCUGCCCAUCACGACCGAUUAUUUCCCCGACAGGCGAUCGUUGAACAUCGACUACGUGGUGUCCCUGUACAGCCUGCUCCCCGACAGCGUCAACGCCGACUUUAUACAGCAGAAAUCCUGCUACAAGCGCACCCUCAACACGCUCGAGGUGUUCAAAGAGCUGAUCUCGCAGAGGUUAUCGCAGGGUUUCCAAUUGAUCGUGAUGGCGGACAAUUCGAACAUGACCAAAACGUCCGGACCGAACCCGAAAUUGCGCAGCAGCGUCGUCGGGUCGGGGUGCGCACGCGCCGAAAACGACACGAGUUACUUCCUGUCCAUCGGCAGGGUGUUUCAUAAAUUAUCCUUGUCUGGGAACACCAUAUCGGUGACCAGGUACAGGCCGAGGCAUCCGUAUCCUGGUUUCAACUACCAGUACCGGUACAGGUUCCACGCUCCGUGGCACGACACCUACGAGGAAUCGUACGCGACGUUCACCACCGAGAAGUUGGAGCACUACAAUUGGAAUUACAUCGAUCAUUACGUGUGCACCGGGGGCGACACUGAAUUCGUGUUGGUCGACGCUUUGAAGUACUGGAGGUUCCGAAUCUACCUGAUACCAUUGAACAAUUCGGCGACGAAGAAGAUCAUCGAAGGUUCGGAGAGGUGCGACGUGUACGGUAGACAAACGGUGCCGGAGCACCGGCUGAUGGUCGACGGGUUCGUGAAGUUCGUCGACGCGGCGGUGAAUAAAUUGAAAAAGGCGACGAUUUCGAAGAAACCGAGGAUGUCACUGAAUAUAUCUAGCAUUCCUCCGUUGGCUCAACCUAGACGUAACAGUAUGAGCAGCUUUCAGACGAUCGGAUCGAGCUCGCCCUUUAGGGAACGAUUGGGCAGCAAUCGGCUCUCGGAUCGACCACGACCAAGGUCCGGCUCGAAGGUGGAGAGGAACAGAUUGCCGCAGGGCCCGCAGGAACCGCCCGACAUCCGCGAAGGAUUCGAAUUGCCCGCCGACGAAGUUACUCAUCUGCCGGUGACCACUUUGAAAUCGAACGCUUCGCACGCGGAAAUCGUCGAAGGGAUGAAACAUCCCAUCAACGGUUUGUUGUUCGUCAAUAUGCCUCAAAACCUGCCGAAUUUCACCUUCGUCGCCGCCGAUGCCGUUAAUUGGCUAAUGGAGCACAUGGAGGGCGUUAGAACGGUCGAUAAAUCGAUACAGAUCAUGCAAUCUCUAUACAAGGAGCAAUGCAUCAGGCACGCGUCAGGCGAUCCGAACAUACCGUUCCGUUACGGUUCCUACUUGUUUUACGUGAUAUUCCCCGAUAGAGACGAUAAAGAGGGCUACCAGCCGACCGGAGACGUCCAGAUGUUCGAAAACGAUUGGAUGGAGGUGGAGAUAAAAUCGCCGUUGAAUUGGGGAUUGGAAUCGAACGUUCCGUCGACUUUGCAAGUACCUAACAGUACUCAGGAGAGGGAACGAGGCGUUCCGCAUUUUCUGUGCGACGUCAUCGACCCCGAGUACUCCGAAUGUGAUACAGACGGACCGAUGUACAAACGAAUGAGAUUAGAGACGGACGUGAACGGCAAGAGCGAUCGCGUCGAAUGGGGCCACGCCCGCUACCAGACGGGCUUCAAGCCCGAUCAGGCCUACGAAUUGGUCGUGGAAUGGUUGACGUCCUCCGGAUCGAUCGUUUGCGAACUCUUGAACGGCUGGCACCGCAAGGCCCAGAUCUGCGGCCUCCAGAUGAUACCGAUACCCCACGAUCCUUUGGCGUUGCCCUAUUCGAACAAAUCGGACCCGUUGCGCGGACCCAUCUUCGUGCCGCUCGACAUCAUGUGCCUCGAAGACGAGCUGUUUCCGCUCUUCAAAGGUUUCCCGGAAACAUCCUACGCCGACAGAUUGUUCCUCUUUCAGGAGGCCGUCGUCGAGCGGUUCGGCUUCGUCCACUGCCAAGUGGAACAGCCCGACAAGGCGAGCACGUCCAGGGAGCACCAGUACGUGCACGCCACCGGCACCGUGUUCGUGCUGGUCUCGCGGCCCGUCAGCAAACCGCGCAACCGCGUCAAUUCUUCGAUGCAACCGGGCAAGUAUUCGAUACACGCCGACGUGGUGCCCAGUCCGCACAAGGCCUACAUCACCCGGCACGUGUCCGGCAAGAACAAGGACGAUUACGACAAUUCCGGAAAGAUGGGAUUUUUGUGGUCGUGGAACCACAUGUUGAGCAAACGCUGGAGGACCAAUCAAGGCAUCGAUAACAACGUGCAAUUGAAGAUAUUGAAGGACUUUCGAGAGUUUUGCGGCAAUCACAACAACAGGUUGAGGGAUUUUUGGCGCGAAUCGUGGGAGGCCAAGGAAGUGGCCUACGCCGAAUCGGGCGGUAGUGAGGAAGACCCGAGGGGUGCGAAUUUGUAAUGUUCUGAAUAAUUUUCUGAUUGUAAUGGAAAUUUGUGAUUAUUUUUUAAACGGAAGUUAAGAAUUCGCUGCGAGUAGGAAAUAAAUUUUUACAUAUAA